GCUUGUCAAAACAUCUUGUUUAGAAAAUUUGUAAUUGCAAAAUUUUGUUCCUUCAUUGCUGAGUUUGGAAUACAUCGCUGUUAUAUUUACGAUUUUUCCAAAAGGCAUUCGAAAAUUCUAAAGAAAGAGUGUUAAUUCAUCGCUAGCUAGUUAGAAAUGUCAUAUCUUGGAAAAGGAUCUAACGUUGUGCCUAAUAGUAGCGACCUGAAUGAGCUAAUCGAGGACAUGAGUUUACUAAUGGCAUCCGUAUACACUAUGUUGGAUCGGACUCAACGCACGCCACAACGAACGGGGUCAUCACUGGGGCGUAGGUCCCACAACAAUAUCGAUAGCAGUGGGCAACUUGAAAGGGCAAGUUCUAAUUCUAGCUCACCGAAAUCGCCGAAAACACCACGUUUAAAUUUACCCGCUAGAGCAACAUUGUCCACACCAUCAAGUAGAGAAAUCGAACGAGAGGUCAAUCGAAUGGAUCCAUUUUGUGAGAUGUUGGAGCGCAAUUUACGAAUUGUGGCUUCGGAGCAAGAGCAACUCAUUGGCAGACGUCUAGAAUCAACGUCACCAACUACUCCACGUAAUGCAAUAGAGAGACCUCAACCGGUAAGAACAAAUAGAGUGCGCGCUCCAACACCCGAGGAAGUAAUCGAUUUAAGUGAUUCAAUGAAUAUGCCGGUACCAAUUCCGCGGCCCUAUCCAUUUAACGACGAUGUAAUAGUAGUGACAUCAGAUGAUGAAGUCGUUGAUCUUUGUAAACCAAAUUUUCGUCGAAAUAAUGGACGCUCAAGAAAGAGACGAACGACCAAUAACACGGAGGAUAAUCUCAGAAACGACAAUGCACCACGACAAUGUUUGACUGCAUCACGUCGCUUGAGCUCUGCAAGCAGUCAUAGAGCCUCAUCACGUCGUUCACUAACUUCGAACGAAGGUAGUUACUCGUUUAGCUUCACCUCUGCCUCCACAACAACAAACAUAGGAUCAGCAAACAAAGCCAAAGUUAAUAUCUGGUCGCCUGGCGCACAAGCAGAGAUUAGAUCAUUAAUUCGGAUUAAAAGACGUUUACGAAGAAAGUGGCAAAAAAGUAGAAAUCCAAUUGACAAAACUACUCUAAAUAAAGCCACAAGAAAGCUAAAAGAAAAAUUAAAUGACUUCGAAAAUAAAUCGAUUUCUGAUUAUAUUAAGAGUUUAAAUUAUUGAAAUAAUUAAGAUCAUAAGAUUUGGAAUGCUACAAAAUAUCUAAAAAGACCUAAAAAACAUGAAAUGCUAUACCUAUCAAAGGCGGUAAUAACGUUUGGUGUAGAUCAGACAAAAGCAAAGCAACUGCGUACAGUAAAUACCUUGAAGCAAUGUUCACUGCUUUUGGUUGUAGUGGUAACAACAAUGAUGCUGCAAUAUUAGAAUUUCUAUAUUUCUGUAUUUCUUACCCUGUCAACUAUUUCUACCAAUGGAACAUAUUACGCCCGCCGUAAUACGUUCUGAAAUCGAAAAACUGAACAACAAAUCUCCAGGAUAUGUCAAAAUUGGUGCCAGAGUAGCUAAGUGCUUACCUAAAAAAAGGAAUUAUGUUUCUUACACUUUACAAUAUUAAGGCUGAACCAAUUCCCUACUCAGUGGAAGUGUGUAGAAAUUGUGAUGGUGCUCAAACCAGGUAAAGCCGAGAACGAAAUCACUUCAUAUAGACCAAUCAGUUUGUUAUCUUUAUUCUCCAAAAUAUUUGAAAAAAUAUUUUUGCGUAGAAUAUUGCCACUACUAAAGGAGAAUAAGGUAAUACCUGAACAUCAAUUUGGGUUUCGCCGUUGUAACGGUACACCCGAACAAUGUCACCGUGUACUUAACUACAUUACUGGCACUUUAGAGCGUAAGGAAUACUGUUCAGCAGCAUUUUUGGACAUUCAGCAAGCAUUUGAUAAAGUUUGGCAUCUUGGUCUACUAUAUAAAUUAAAAAAAAUAUUCUCCUCUCAGGUAUAUAUAUCUAAUUCUUAAGUCUUAUUUAACUGGUAGGUCAUUUUCUGUAAAAAUAAAUGACGAAACGUCUGACAUAAAAUUCAUAAAUGCUGGAGUACCACAGGGUAGUGUGCUUGGUCCUGUACUUUACACCAUUUUUACCUCUGACCUACCUGAAACUGAAAAUGUAUUAAUUGCUACACAUGCUGACGACACUGCUCUAUUGUCGUCAAGCCAGUCUCCUGUUGAAGCAACUAAUUUGGUGCAAGAAGAAUUGAAUAAGAUACAAUCUUGGUUAGAUUGCUGGAGAAUGAAAGUAAACGUGAACAAAUCAAUGCAUGUUUUAUUAACAUUAAGGCGAAGUGAUAGCCCUUACUUGCUUCUAAAUGGCAAUGCUAUACCUAAAAGUGAUAGCGUUAAAUACCUCGGCAUGCACUUGGACACACGGUUAACAUGGAAACAACACAUACAAGCUAAAAAUAAGCAAUUAAAAAUAAAAACCAAACAAAUGUAUUGGCUACUCGGUAAUAAAUCGCCGUUAUAUCUUCAAAAUAAAUUGCUAUUAUAUGAAGGCAUACUAAAACCUAUCUGGACCUACGGUGUGCAGCUUUGGGGCACUGCUAGUAAUUCAAAUAUUGAAAUUUUACAAAGAUUUCAGUCAAAAACCCUCAGACUUAUUACAAACGUCCCUUGGUUUAUAACAAAUACAGCAAAUCAUACAGAUCUUAA